AUGUACCAAGAGCAGCAGCGCGAAAUUCAGGCGGAGACUCCAGCGAAACUUCUUCCUCGGCUUGAGUACUUCUCGAACUACGAGUACUUCUCCAUCUACGAGUUUUUCUCCAGCUUUGGCCCCUCCUCGGGCUCCUCCAACGUCGUAGACUUUCGUGGCACCAAGGACGCCCCUGAGCCCGCCCUCGGCCUAGCAGGCCAGCAAGAAGCUCGCUUCACGGCGUUCGACACAGGCAAGGCCAGCUCGCUGCCCUCGCGGGGCAAGAUUCCCGCAGUAGCGCAGCUACGGAUCCACGGCUGUCCGCUCAUGACGGCCGACAGCAGCAGCGGCGGCGUGGCCAUGGACUCCAUCGAAGCCAUCGACGUGGGCCCCGAGCGCCCGCUGACGCCCAAGACCCUGGCCGCGAGGACGCCGACAGCAGCAGCAGCGGCGUGGACGUCGACUCCAGCGAAGCCAGCGACGUGGCCUCCGAGCGCUCCGCGUGGUUUGCCUGAGCUCGCGGCCGCCACGGCCCCGACCCGGAGCGACAACUACGGCUACUACACGCCCAGCUGCACGUCCAUCUUGAUCCCCAUGCACAGUUGCGACGGAAGUUGCAGCUUCAUAAGAACAAGACCGAACAAUAGUUAA